GAAAUGAAUAAGCUUGAAGCCAAGUUGCGCAAAUUACAAGGAAGCCUACGUGGAUGCGCAAAAAUGAUUGCGAUGAACACGGGAAGAAAAAGGAAACUAACUGAAGAUCUUCCGGACACUCCUGAUGACAACCAAACAACCAGCACCAACAUGAGCCCACGCCGCAGUGUACGCAUUCGACGGAUGCCUGUUCGGUAUGGUUCAACUAUGCAGCCCCCAGCAACAUCCAAUGGGCAAAGGAACACGCGAGGACAGGGCCCUAAACCAAAAGGUCGAGCCGCCACUCGCAACAAAAGUCCAGACAACUCGCCACGGAUGUACAGUUCUGGUCAAGUGGAUCGAGCAUCAGGAUCAGUGCUUCCGGUCGCUCAUGAUAAUCGAACUUUGGAUCGGGAUUCGGCCCAAAAUCAAAUUGAUGCUCCUCAAGUCAUGACUGCCCCAGUUGCGCCAACUGCAAACAAGAUUGUCGUUUUUGGCACCACGCCUAAUGGAAAGACAAUGAUCCAAAUGACAAUCGACAUGAAGGUCGUGGUUGGUCAGUUGCUCAAAGGUUCGGAUCAACCGGUGGAAUUGGUUCCCAAGAAGAUUGUGGUUGCCGGACAGGAAUGUACAGUUGACUCCAAGUCGAAGAACGACUAAAGGUCCCUCUGAAUGUGUGUUAAAUAAACU